AUGCUCGACACGAAGCAAGAACCCGAUGCCCAAGCACACGCGGCACCAGACGAUACUUCUCCCAAUCGCCAUGUGGUUGAUGAACAAGACACCGACGACACGACGAUAUUCUACAACAAGAACAAAGACAAUGUCAGGCCUCUGACCCCUGAGAUCAGGAGAAAGGUCGUUCGCAAGAACUUCUGGUUCCUCCUCAUCCAGACGUGGUGGAUUUCCUUCCUUAUUCAUCUUGACAAGUCGACGCUAUCUCAAGCCAGUACCAUGGGCCUUUUCAAGGACACUGACUUGUCCAAGGAUGGGAACGAGUACAAUCAGCUGUUCACCUUGUUUUACGCCGGAUAUCUCAUUGCGCUCUGGCCAGGUGCUUGGAUCUCACAGCGGGUCGGCCACAAGUACUUUAUAACAGGCUCACUGUUUCUCUGGGCUCUCUUGAUUGGAGUUCAUCCUGCUGUUACAACUGGAAAGCAAAUGAUGGCCGUGCGGUUCUUAUUAGGGAUGACCGAGUCUCAGAUCAUACCUUCAACAGCCAUUCUCCACCAGGCUUUCUUCCCACCCAAGCAGAGCCCGUGGGUGCAGCUUUUAUGGUGGGCAUUUGGCAGUGUGGCUAACGUCAUGCUCACGAUGAUCUCAUACAAGCUUAUCCUCGACGAUAAUGCCGGGGUGUUGGUUGGUGGGCUUAGUUCAUGGAAAUGGCUUCAUAUAAUCUGUGCCAUUUUGACCUUUGGGGUUUUUGUCCCUCUUGUUAUCUUCCUCCCUAACUCUCCCCUCGACGCGAAGUGGCUUUCCACCGAGGAGAAGGUCUAUACAAUUGAGAUUAUUCGGGAGACGCGUGCUGGGAUCACCAACUCGACUUUCAAGUGGUCCCAGGUGCGGGAGUCGUUCACUGACCUGAAGAGUUGGCUGUUUAUAUUCCACAUGUUUUUCAACGAACUCCCAAAUAACACCUCUCAGCAACUCCCUCUUAUCGUGGUCGGUUUCGGUUUCACGGCAGCCGAAAGUGCUCUCUUCAAUAUUGUGAAGCCGCUCUGGGGCUUCAUUUUGAUUCUUAUCUCUGCCGCCAUGUUGUACGGUACUAGACUCGGAACCGGCUAUACUUGUGCUAUCUCCUACAUCCCGUGUUUUGUUGGUGGUAUUAUUGAGUUGGCGGCCCCUUGGUCUAACAAAGUAGCCUUGGUCGUCGGAACGCAGAUAUCCACGUUCAAACCAUCUUACCUCCUCGGUCUCAACUGGGCUGGAACAACAACAACAGGACAUACAAAAAAACUGACUUUGAUGUCAUCUUGUAUCGUUGCUGCGUCCGUUGCCAACAUGAUCUCGCCUGAAUUCUGGGAAGCAAAAUACAAACCCCGCUACGUCCUCCCCUGGGCUUUUAUGACUGCGUUCUGGUUCAUCUCGCCCGCAAUGUGUCUGAUCAUCCGCUUCUACCUGCAGCGCGAGAACAAGCGGCGGGAACAUCUUCUCACGCAGAGUGCAACAGAGUCCGACGAAGAGGGUGAGGCGAUUGACCUGGGAAGUGAGAUUCUUAAAAUUGGCGAGCGUGAUUUGGACAAGACGGAUCGUGAGGAUCUGCGGUUUAUUUACCCUUUGUAA